ACUCGGGGCUGGUGACGCUUUGGAGCACCAGUCCUCCCGCACACAUUUGUGUUUCUCAUUCAUCCUCACCCCCCGUUCAGGGACCGCGUUCGAUUCUGUGACGGCUGGCCCAUCAUAGGUGGCGCCCGAACAGGGACCGGAAACAGGGGACUCGGUGAAGGACACCGCUCGGUGAAAGGGCCCGGCCUGAAAGAAGGCUAUCUGCGAGGAGCGGACGCCUCUGGACCGCGGUGGCUUCCUGAGAGACUGGUGAGACAUGCUGACCCUGUUGCUGCUCCUGGGGACCCUAGUCCUUAGUGGAAGUGCUAAUAAGACAUAUUGGGCCUAUGUUCCUGAUCCUCCCCUACUGCAUCCUGUAAGCUGGGAAUCUCCUGAAAUACAGGUGUAUGUGAACGACACCGAUGCUCUUGGCUUGCCGGCUCUACCGGGUGCCAAAGACAAUGGGACAGUUUUCGAUUACACUGGUCUCGGCUCUGGGACUCCUAUGUGCCUUAGCCGCAAUAAUGCGACCUAUGGGUGUGUUCGGCUAACGACAGGAACUCUGUGUGGCAAGGACCAGUGUGUAACAAUAUGGAGACCCGCAGCCGCCAUCCAGAUUGCUGGACGCCCCAGUGGUACCAGCCCUUCAGACUUCCCCACGUGCCAAACGGAAUAUCGUAAGAGUGAUAAGACCAUCUACUGGAAGACAUGUAAGGAAAACACCACGCAGCAGUACAGUAUCACAGGUUCAUCUAGGUACAUUGUGGAUUGGUCGCAUGGCAUAAACAGUUUGUAUGGAAACCCCCCGGACUCAUCUAAAGGACUGGCUAUGGGACUCUGGUACUCAUCUUCGGGAUUCCCCCAGACAAAGUGGUGGAAGAUCGGGGCGGCCAUGGGGGAAGUCAAGUUGCUUAAUCAGACUGGUACAGACACUUAUGUAUCCGCCUGCGUCGCUUUUCCAUUUGCGCUGCUUAUAGGGAACGUGUCUGUUGCCUUUAAUAGUGAUAAUAGGACUUAUAAUGUCUCCUGCCUUGAUUGCUUACUGAGUGCUUGUGUUUCUAAUGUCACAGAAAAACAUUCUGUGGUGCUGCUGCAUCAGCCCCCUUUUGUCAUGAUACCAGUAAAACAUAGUGGCCCUUGGUUUGAUGAUAAGGGACUACAAGUGCUAGAGGAAAUCAACAAGGCGCUCCAGAAAUCUAAGAGAGCCGUUGGCCUUAUUAUAGCGGGCAUUACCACCUUGAUUACCCUUAUCGCGGCUACCUCUGUGGCCGCUGUGGCCCUAACACAAGAGGUACAAACCGCCUCCUAUGUCAAUUCACUUUCCCACAAUGUGUCUGAAACCUUUAUGACACAGGAAUCCAUAGAUAAGAAAUUAGAACAAAAGGUCAAUGCAUUGUAUGACAUGGUGAUGUAUUUGGGCGAAGAGGUCCAAGGUUUAAAAUUAAGAAAUACCCUUCGUUGUCAUGCCACCUACCAGGAUAUCUGCCUAAUUAACACAACAUAUAAUGAGAGUCAGAUAUCCUGGGAAAAGGUUAAGAAGCAUCUACGAGGACUUUGGUUACAAAAUAAUGAUACUAUGGAGUUAUUGCAACUACACAAAGAGAUAAUGGCAUUUACCUCCACUACGCCCUUAGAUUUUAACCCUGCACAGGUAGCACAGGACAUCCUGACAACCUCCAACAAGCCUUCUCUCCGUGGGGAUUGAAUAAUUUGCCUCACUUA